AUGGAGACAGCAGCUCUGGUGGCUCCAGUCACCGCUUUGGAGUUUUUGGAUAAAUAUCUACUGGCAGGUGAGGGUCCUAUCUUGAAUGUGUACAGCCUCCUGCCUCACCCUAAACCCUACGCCUCACUGAGCGUGCUCCAACACUACCGUAUUCAUGGGAUCCGACCCAAACCACAUGAAGCUAAUUCUAAGCACCUGUCUGCAGCAGAGCCCUGCUGUGAACAAGAAACAAGUCCCCUGGCACAGAGCAAUAUACCCAAACACUUUGACUUUGUUGUAUUUGGAGGCAAAGCUGUGAGGCUGGUGCGGCUCAUCAUAAAAUUCAGUGGUGAGGACCAUCUGCAUGUGGAGGCCCUGGGUCCCCUCAUGCAGCUGCAUGACUGGGCCUUGGACGUCCGCUGGCUCUCUGGAGAGAGACACUCACUCCUUGGCAUAGCUCUAGCUCACAACAGCACUCUUCUCCUGGAUGCAAAUGAAGGAAAAGCACUUGUUCAUUGCUCCUGCCUGGAUGGCUGUCUCCUCUACUCUGCCUUACUUGUGAUGAACCAGUCCUGGAUGGAUUCCAUCAUAGUUGGGGGAACUGUCUUCAACCAGCUGGUUCUGUGGAGGCCUGGAAGAGAGGUCAACAAGUCCAAACACAAAGCCCCAGUGGAGCGGCGUCUGCUUGGGCACAGUGGGGUCAUCUUUAGCAUUUCCUACCUUCAAGAGAAAGGAUGGCUGGCAUCAGCUUCAGAUGAUCGCAGCGUGAGAGUGUGGGCCGUCGGGUAUUUGGGGGGACCCGGCGGGACAUGCGGGGACCUGAACCCUUCUUGCUUGAGGGUUUUAUAUGGGCACCAGGCCAGGGUGUUCUCGGUGCAUCUUUCCCUAGGGCAGCUCUUCAGUGCUGGUGAAGAUGGGGCUUGCUUAGUCUGGGACUGGGCUGGAGGUGGGAAGGUGACUCGGACUUUGAAGGGGCACCGUGCCGGUGGGGUGCGUGCCCUGGCUGUCAGCAGGGGUAAAUAUGAUGAUGGAAUGCAGGAGAAAUGGGUGGCCACUGGGGGUGCUGAUGGAGGGGUGAGGCUGUGGAUGGUGGAAGGGAAUCAGAAAAAGGGGGAAGAAGUGACAGAGACCCUAACAGACCUAAAGUUCAAUGGUCAAGGCACUCCUAAAGUAGUAUGUGUUGUUGCCGGAGGAGAUGGAAAUGCGAGUUGGACCCAGAGUAAAGUUUUGGUCUGUACUGAUCAUGGAAUGGUUUACAAAUACAACAGUGGAUUGUGGGAACUAAUAUGGCAGGGAGCUCUGGAAUUCCAUUCCUAUUGUGUCAUGGAAAUAUUGACAGUCAGGUUGAGAUACUGCCUUUACAAGGCUCAUCUUUGUGCUCUGGGUAACCUCAGUGGUGGAAUACAAGUCUUCCCCAUUUCUCAACCCCAGUCAGGAGUACUUCUCACAGGGGGAUCAGGGAAGAUUCAUAGUCUUAUUUGGGUGAAGGGUAAAGACAGCUGGAGACAAGGGGGGUAUUUGCUUGCGUCUGGGGCUGAAGGACUUGUCCAUCGCUGGUAUAUAGAAGUGGAAGCUGAUGAGGACUCUCGCUUUGUUCUCAAUGUCCAUCCCCUCACUCCUCUUCUUUUGCCAUCUUGCGCCAAACGCUGGUUGACUGCCGCAGUGUGCCACCCUUCAAGCUCACUGGGGGUGCUGUGGUUUUGUGGCGAUAGAAGAGGUUCCCUGCUUUUGUUUCAGGAAAGAAUUAAAACAGGGCAAAAGGAGAGAGCGAAGGGAAUGGACUUAGGUAGCAGUAACAAGAGUGAGAAAGAUGGGCAAACAAGCAGAGAGAGAAAGGAGGCGAGUGGAAGCAGAACAGAAGAGGAGAAUGAGUCCCCCCUCCAGCCACAGAGCUGUCUUUUCGGCGUACAUGGGAAACAAGGAGUGACAUCGGUCUGUGAGUACCAGGGCCUUCUCUACAGCACUGGAAGAGACGGCUGUGUGCGGGUCUUCAGAACACGGCCAACACCACGUGAACUGCAACAAGAAAAUAAGGGAAGCUGCAGAAUAGACGGUACCAAUGAGGGGCUUCAACUGGAGGUUCUGCGAGUUCAGCGGGCCUGCAAGGGCAUGGAGUGGCUUGAGAGGGUUUUGAUUUUGGAGCCGGAAGCCUCUGCAACAGAACUUCCAGAACACAAAAAGGAGGAGGGGGAGGAGGCCAGGGAGGUGCAUGAGAUGAGCCAAAUAGUCUAUACCACAGAGGAGACGACAAAGGCAACAGAGAAAGGAAAAAGUGCAAGAAGAGAGGCGCGUUUUGUUAUCGCCGGGUUUCAUGCUAUGCAUUUUGUGGCGUGGGACCCCGUGAGGCAGGAGAGGCUGCUGGCAGUGCCCUGUGGUGGGGGGCAUCGGUCCUGGAGCCUCUGGCCAGCCCACAAUGGUCUAUGGCCUGGAUAUGGAGCUCUAGUAUUCAUCAAGCAGGGAGCCGUUCUGGCUUCACAGCCCCCUGCAGAGGCUCAUAUCUGGGCCGGGAGCUCAGGAAAGACCGGGGGAUGGGGCCUGAGAGAGGGUGUCCAUGGGAAGGGUAUUGGGUGUGUGUGUAGGCUAGGGAGAAUAGGGCAAGCUGGGAUAAGGAUUCAUACAAUGAACGCUGGAAACCACGGUGGGAUAGAGACAAGAGGUUGGUCUGGAGCCAAACCUCAGGAAACAGAAAGAGAGGAGGGGGACUGGGGUUGGGAGAUACUGGCGACAGGAGGCGAGGACACCAGUUUGACCAUCCUGGCCAUCCAAUCAAACUCCGGUGCAGUCCAAGUUCUCUCAGUCAUCACCGACCACAUCUCUAGCAUCCGGACAUUGACUGCUGUCAUGAGUCCAGAAAGAGAUGGGGAUAGAGGUGAAAAACAACUGUCCCUCUCUGCCCUGCUCAUCUCAGCUGGUGGGAGGGCUCAGAUGCAGUGUUACCGGCUUUUAAUAAGCUGGGAUGGACAGAUGCAAGUUCCUUCUUGUCAGGUGAUCCAGGUUGCCAGUCACCGAUUGGACGAACAGUGGGAGAGGAGGCGGAACCGGCACCAGAUGGUAAAAACGGACCCAGAAACAAGGUACAUGUCAGUAGCAGUGGUGGAUGAGGUCACAGACGGUGUUCUCCUGGCUUUGGCCUGCAGUGACGGAGCUGUCAGAUUGUUUUCAGUCAGUGAGGUUAUAGGUCAUAUUGAGUUGCUGUGGGAAAGUUUCUACCACCAGCGCUGUGUGCUCAGUGUCACCGCCUGCAGUCUGGAGGAUGGAAAAGGCAACAGGUACAAGCUCUUGUUCAGCGCUGCCACAGAUGGGGAAAUUGCAGUGUUGGAUGUGACCACAUCCCUUUCCUCAUUGGGCAGCAGUUUAAGUGACAGUCCAACUCCACCAAUCCCCUGCCUGAGUAUCCCUGCCCACCAAAGUGGUGUCAACUCAUUAGCUGUAUGGACACAUAGAGCUGUACAAGAAGAGGACAGUUGCCUGGUAACUGUUGCCAGCGGAGGAGAUGAUGGACAACUGACAGUGUCUGUGAUUAGAGUGCACUACCCUGAAGGGGCGAUAGAGGGCAGCAGACAACCAUCACAGUCUCAGGAACAGUCCUCUCAGCAACAAACCAAGUCUCAGACUCAUUCCCCCGUCCAUCUCCAUCUCUAUCUCCACCAACAGUCCCAUGUUCCCCUGGCCCAUGCUGCCCCUCUUACAGCCCUGAGGCUCCUUUCUCCAGGCUUGCUAACAUCCACAUCACCCGACCAGCGGCUGUGCAUCUGGAGGGUCUCCAGUGCUGGAAUCAGCCACUGCGGCACGCUCUAUUCACAUGUAGCAGAUGCUGCGGGACUGGCAGCAUGGGAAGAAGAAACAAUGGUGAGAGAGAUGAGGGAAGGGACGAUUAAUGAUGUGGGUGAGGGAAAGAAGGAGGGCAGGGAGGAGUUGAGGAUUAACGUAGGCAGUGGUGCCAAAAGAUCGACAUUGGUUGGAGGAGAGAGAGAGGUCUGGGUGAGCUCUAAGGUAGGCUUAGAAGUAGGGGGUAAGACCCCGCAGGAGAGAGAGGGCAAGGAAGGGAGUGAGACAGGUGGGGAACUCAAUCUUACAGUGGUUAAGAUAGAAGAGAAGAUGAAGAACACAGUUGCUGAGGAUGAAUGGGUAGGCAGGACAGCUGGUAAGCUAAGAGAUCAUACAGGUAGUGAGACUGUCAAUAAAACCGUGUGUGUGACAAGAUGUGAGGCAAGCAAUGAGUCAGUUUGUAAGACCAGAGACCAAGUAAUAGGGUUGGCAGUUGGUGAGUCAAACAGGGACACAGAUGAUAAAAUGGGCAGCAUGACUUGCAAGACUUCCAAUGAGACCAGGGUUAAGAAAGAGAGGAUUGGGUGGGUGUUGGUCUGUGGUCAAGGUUUACAGUUAAUACAAGUUCAAAACACAGAGACGGAUGAAGAGAUUGGAACAAAGAUGAGAAGAGACAGGACAGUCAUGGAGCAGCUUGUUAAAGUGACUUUACCAGAAAACAACAUAAGUUGAAUCUUGAAGUUGUCAUGUCUAAAUCUCACAAUCACUAUCACAAUGGACAAAACUUCCAAGUUAGCUUGCCAUAAAUUUGACAUUUGUUUGAAAUUACUUGGCGAGUAUCUGAAAAGUUCAGAGGAGGAACCACUUAUGCAU